AUGUCACUCAGAGGUCGGUGGGCGGGGAUAACAAACACCGUACGGUGGCUCUGGUUUAUGCUCUUCUUAACCACCGUCGCUCUCAUUGUUGUACUCGGUCACAUCGCCUUCUUUGCCAACAAACACAAAGACACAUCCGACUGGAUGAUUAACUGCAUCCCAACUGAUGCCAGUCCCUUCAUCUCCGACGCCCAAGCCGCCAUCACUGAGCUCAGCACCAUGCCUGCUGAGCACUGCAGAGCGCUCGACCGCACCACCAUCAUCCUCUGCCACGGCACCGCCUGCAUAUCGCGUUUUGAGCCUAUCGAGGAGCGCCGUUUGAAGGAGAUAAAUGGUUACAAGAAACACCCCGAGUCGGAGCCUACGUGUAUGUUCUGGGCGAAUUGGCUGAAUAAAAUCGUUGAGAGGUCGGAGUGCCGGUCACCGGGCGGAUUAAGGGCGGAGGGGAGGAUUAUAAGAGGCAAUGAGGGGCAGUAUUUGUCAGAUGUGCGCUUGUUUAGCAAUACCACACUCGAGUGGACAUUUGGGCGGUGA